UCUCUGGCUCUGUGCCAAGUGCCAAAUGCCAAUUGCAGUCCGCUCACUAAACGAUGGAAAGACAAACGCGUCUCGGUCUCUACUUUGUUUACGGCAUGUUAAUUGAAGCGUCAAUCAACAACGCUUGGCUGCAGUCGCAGCCGGGUCUCAACGAGUCCAGUUACAAUGUGCGUCACCUGUCCACCCACUUCUCGCGAGUGUUCCUCAGCAUUAGUGUGGCGCGCAAUGAUUUCCCCACGCUGAUCGAGGCCCAGUGGCCCGUUUCUUAUUUGCCCAUGCGCACAGCGAUAUUUCCCAGCAGUGAGCUGCAUGCAAGCCGUGCUGACGUCGAGUUGGAUUGCACGCUGUUGCAGCAGGCCCACUGGUCACAAGUGGACAGCCUGAGCCGGUUGUGGGUCAUGGAUGUGGGCUGGCCACAUAACGACUGUCCGCCCAAGCUGCUUGUCUUCGAUCUAAUGCGCAACAAUGCGGAGCUGUUGCGCAUCGAUUGUGCCCAGCACAUUGGCGCCAAUGCCACAGAGAGCCUGGUCGUGCAGCUUGGUCCCAGGUCGAGCAGCUGUGAGCUGGAGCGGCACAUUUUCUUCAUUUCGGACAGUCAGCCGCAUAUUUUGGCCUAUGAUAUCCUGGAGCAAACCUGGCAUCGUCGCCAACUACUAAGCAACAAAUACGAGAACAUGACUCAGACAUUUCCCAUUAAGCCAAUGGAUUUUACCUUUGGACUGCAGGGAGAACUCAUUGUCUCCGAUCUGGAUGGCGUCCUCUACAGUUCCAUGCGUAGACUCCAAUUAAUAAGUUCCACUCCAUCCUCCUCCUCCUCAACCAUCUCCUCAUCGAACUCGCUGCACAUACAACUAACACGCUUGGGCAGCCUGCUGGGCCCCAGUCGCAGCAUGUUAAUGGAUUUCUUUGGAGCCCUCUUUUAUGUGGUACCCAAAUUUGGAGCCGUUGUUCGUUGCGCUCAACUGGCAAAUUUAACUGCCGAGGGCAAUGAGAUUAUUUAUCUUACUUCCAAGAAUAUUCAACAAAUAUUCUUUGGAGCAGAGGGUGCCGUCUGGGUAUUAAGUGAUCGUGUCCUUACCCCACAGGAUAUUUGCUAUCCCGGCAUAUUGAAUUAAUUAAUAGAACCUGUAGUUAAAAAACAAAGCAUACACGAGAAGCUAAAUAACGGCACUUGCAUAGCUGUUCCUGUUUGAUCGACUAUCGAUCUUGCGACCGCCGAACGAUAGACAUCGAUUGGCACUAAUGCUGUCAACCAUCGAUUGCCAAACAGAAGAACAAAAAGGUCGAAAAAUAAAGGAACUACGCAAAUAUCAUUUUAAAAUUCAAUUUAUGCUAAAAAUUCAUGAACUAAUUGGUUUAUGCUUAUUUAUAAUUCAACUUGGAUAAGUUAAAUUAGUAAUAGUAUCUUAGGAAACUCAAUUAAAUACAAAAUGUGUAA